AUGGAGACGGGGAAGACGGCGAUGGGGUUGGAGGAUGGAGAGACGCCGAUGGAGGACUUCACUCUUUGGGACUUCGAGCAGCGCUUCCAGGCCACGUCCGGCAUCGCCCAGCACCCAGAGGUCCAGGUCUUGGUUCCCUCAGGAUGGAAGGUCAUUUCGGGGGGUGCCGUGGCUCAUUACAAUGCAGAUGGAGCUCUCCUCACCAAGUCGAUUCCGCUGAUGAACAACAGCGUCCCUCAGGGUUGGAUCGCGGCUUCCAAAGAUCACGGAAACUACGAUCCCCACACGUUGACCGUUUAUGCCGUCGCUUUGUACGACCCAAAUAACGACUGGGACGUGACCGUCAACGUGGCACAGCUCGGUUCACCGGUUCCAUUUCCUGAGAUCAGCGUGAUGCUUCAAGACGGUUACGCACUGACGGGGGGUGGCGCAUUCGACGUGUGGACCGGACAGGGCAACCUUCUCGUGAAAAGUCGACCCGGCGACGACAGCCAGUCGUGGAUAGCAGGUGGCAAAGAACACAGAGCCUCGUCUCCGGCAACCAUGAAGGCCUACGCAAUCGGCGUGCGCACGAGUGCGACUCGAUCGACCCCAACCUGCGCUCUCAAUUCCGCCACGUCACAGACGGCGCAACAUCCCAACGUGACGGUGGCUGCAACUUCCGGAAGAGUAAUCGUCGGAGGCGGAGCAGCAGUCAGCCAGGCUUCAGGCUUGGGAAACAUGCUGGUGGGACUCAUUCCCUCGAGUGACGGAUCCAGCUUCUCUGCCAUGUCGAAGGACCACAUGUCCUACGAUCCCGAGAGGCUCACCGCGUACGCCAUCGAAUGCACGAAUGCAGGUUACGGUACCACCACCACCACCCCCCCACCAACGACCACCACCACCCCCCUACCAACGACCACCACCACCCCCCCACCAACGACCACCACCACCCCCCCACCAACGACCACUACCACUCCCCCACCAACGACCACUCCCAACACUGCAACGACACCCUCUCCCCAGCCGCCCGUUCCACCCUGUGGGUCGCAAAUCAACAUGACCUCGGGUAACGAAUCCAAGCUCGUCAGCGCCAACUAUCCCAACAAUUUCCCGAUUUGGUCCUCCUGCACUUGGCUGUUCACGGUGAGACGCGUCAUAUUCUUCCUGGCUGAACGAAAUCGCAUUUCCUCUCUCUAG